AUGGAUAUCAAAGCUGUCCCUAGAAGCGUCCCCAGAUCUCUUCAGCCAGUUCAAAUUCUACCUGAAACGCCUCAAACUCUCUUAAAGUAUGAGAGAAUGCCUGGUCAACUGACCCCCUCAAUGCCGGAACAUAUGAGGAGAUUUUGUUUCAACCAGAUCACUGAUUCCGAGUCUAAUAUUGAUGUUCAAAGUGGGUACAACAUCAUAUUCUUUUACAACGCACUUGAAAGUGGGGAAUUUUUAGGACACGAAAAUGAUUGGGUGAUGGUAUACAACCAGGAAAUAAUAGCAUAUGGAAAACUGUAUAGCGAUGAUGAAUUGAACCACAUUUUCAAAAAGAUGCCUAGUGCCAUACAACUUCCAGUCAAUCAGAAACGUCUUCCACGCAGUAAAAAAAGAAAGAUGGUAACUACUAAUCAUGUUAAUAAUGCGAGUGAUUACAAGGUCAGAGCUAGCGUUAGAAGACCUGAAGAACCUGGACUAGUUGCUCUGAUCAAUUAUACCUUGUAUGAUAAGUAUAAUAAUAAUAAAAUAUACGAAUGUGUUAUAGAUACGGGUGCACCUUCGACGAUCUUUCCAUUUCACAUUAAAAGAACACUCCGGGGAGAUGAAGGAUGGAAAAAAAAUCCUAUAACAAGCUCAGGCUAUGGAGAGGGUGCAAAUGAAAUCUAUGCAACUAGAAUGUUUGAAGUCCGCCUAGGUGAUAAACAUGAUUGGACAAAAUGGGUCCAAGCAAAGAUUUCAGUUUGGGAACAAGAUCCUGGCGAUGAAGUAGAGCAUGCACUCAUCGGUAAUGAUAUUACCGAUCAACUUGCAUACGCACACGAACCGAAACGUCCAAUAAAAUUUUUAGAUAGUACAGAUGAGGAAAAACUCACCCAGUUUUUGAAUAAUUCAUUAACGAAGAUUGUUGUUUUGUUUAUCAAUUUUUACCCUUUCCAAACUGCUAAUCGUCUAUGUAAAUCAUGA